CGCCGGCUCCAGCCCGACACGUGCGGCCCGUCCCCUGCAGCGCUCCUACGAACGGGGGUUUAGCUCCUGCUGCCCAGGGGACCCUCGGGAGAAGGCGUGGGUUUGGUGUUAGAUGGGGAAGUGGGGGGGACGAUUUCUCCAGACUUUCCCAGGGUUCUGGCCUUCAGCGUUUGGACGUGCACGGUUGUACCUCCCCUUCUCUUCACAGUUUCACUGGAGUUGAACUUUGUGCCUCCAGGAAUGUUCAGGUUAAAAUGUGGGUGUCAGUUGUUAACAAGUUUUACUUAUUCUCUUCUCAUUUGAUUUACCUAGUGAAUCACAUUUCUCUGAAAGAGGAAGUUUACGCUAUGUAUAUUUCUUAUAAAUUCCAGGUUGGCUGUCAAGAAAUGAAGGUUAGGAUGUGCUGCGCUGGACUGCAGAAUCUCCUCCAAGGGCUGAGCUUCAGUGCCAAGUACUACUCUAAGCAUAACCCUCCUCAAACAAUGUGCCUUUACAGUAAAAUGGGACUAAAAAAGUGGCACAUCCUGGGCUGUUCAAAAAGUAUAUGCACCCACAGGACUGCACCACCUGGAAGCAUCCUGCCAUGCAGAUUCUUUUCCUGCAAGCAGGAAGGAACAAAAGUCCCUUCCAAAAGGAAGCAAAAUACAGCCACAGUAACUUCAGGCCUUUUGCACAAGAACCUUCUGAAAUCAGAGCAAAAAAACUGGAAUAACAUUUCACCAACAUACAGAGCUAUGACAAAGAGAAUCAAGGAAAAACUGGAAGAAUUGCACAACAUGUAUACACUCAAUUCAGGAAGCCCAAGGAUGAGGUUUGGCGAGAAUGUGUACUUUGAAGAGAAUGGCUGCAUAUUUCUUGCAAAAGCAGAUCAUGCUGAAGGAAAUGCUGAGAUUGUAUUCAGUGUUGAAGAUUUUGGCUUUUCUGAUGCCUUUAUUCAACGGAUCAGAAUUUCACCAGAUCAGAAAUACAUGGCCAUCAGCUUAAAAAGUGAAAAUUCUGAAGAGGCAACCUGCAUUAUUAUGAAACUUGGCAAUCUUCCUGUUGUGGAAAAAGUAAUUCCAAGUGUAUUUAGCUUUGAAUGGGCUGCAAAUGAUGUUCUGUAUUACACAACUCAGAAGAACCUUAAAUGCCAGAAUGUCUUCAUGACCACUUUCACUUACCAGAAACACACUAAGUUAGUUUAUACAGAACAAGAUGCAAGAUUCUUUGUAGACCUUUAUUGCACAAAAGACAGGCGUUUUCUCACUAUCAACAGCAACAGCAAGACAACCUCAGAAGUUUGGCUGGUUGACUGCAGACAUCCCUUUGAGUCACCUGCUCUUGUACAAGCACGAACCACAGGGGUCAUUUAUCACAUCGAGCACAGAAAGGACCAGUUGUACAUUCUUACUACAUAUGGAGAACCUGCAGAAUAUAAGUUGAUGAAGGCACCAGUAACUUCAAGUGGCAAGGAGAACUGGCAGUUAGUUUAUGCACUCGAAAAGAAAACCAAGCUAGUAGACUUUGAGAUGUUCAGUGAUGACUGUAUUAUGUUCCUGAAGACUGCUGGCCAUCUUUAUUUAAAUGUGAUUUCUUUUGUUUCACAUUCAGUUCAGUCAAUAAAGCUACCUACAUGGGCCUGUGAAUUUGAAUUGGAAUCUCAUCCAGAACAUACCACCAGCACCUGCUAUUUUCAGCUCUCCUCCCCAGUACACCCCCCUAAGCGUUUUGCAUAUUCAUUUAAAGAAAAUAAUCUCAUUGAACAAGCUGUGCAAGAGGUACCAAUUAUUAAGAAUUGUCACACUACACGUUUACUAGCUAAAAGCAAGGAUGAAACUUUGGUGCCAAUUACAGUUUUUCAUAAUAAGAAUUCUAAAGAACUGCACAGGAGACCACUUCUAGUUCAUGUAUAUGGAGCUUAUGGCAUAGAUUUGAACAUGAGCUUUAAAGAAGAGAAGCUGAUGUUAAUUGAAGAGGGUUGGAUAUUAGCAUAUUGCCAUGUUAGGGGUGGAGGAGAGCAGGGCCUUAGCUGGCACAGAGAUGGAUGUCAGCAUAAUAAACUCAAAGGUGUCCAUGACCUCAGGGCUUGCAUCAUGCUGCUUCAUCAGCUGGGAUUUUCUCAGCCCCGACACACAGCACUGGCAGCUGCCAGUGCUGGGGGAGUUCUCGCAGGAGCCCUGUGCAACACUGAUCCAGCACUGAUCAGAGCCAUGGUUUUACAGGCUCCUUUCAUAGAUGUUCUAAAUACAAUGAUGAAAACCCAUCUCCCACUGACAAUUGAGGAACAAGAAGAAUGGGGAAAUCCAUUAGAAGAUGAAAAAUGUAUGAAGUAUAUCAAAAGCUAUUGCCCAUACCAGAAUAUUAAGCCACAGUGCUAUCCAUCAGUUUUUAUCACGGCAUAUGAAAAUGAUGAGCGAAUACCACUAACAGGAAUUCUACAGUAUGUUCAGAAACUCAGGAAGGCUGCACUAGAUCAUGCCAGCAGAGCAAGAAAGAAAGGAAACUGGAUUCCUAAUAUCAUCCUAGAUGUCCAGGCAAAUGGCAGUCAUUGUGAUUCAUCCUGGGAGCACUCACUGAAUGAGGUUGCAAGACACCUUGCUUUUCUGAAUAGAGAACUUGAGGAAGCGUCUUAUCCCCAACAUCACAGCAAAUCCUGCAAAUAACUCCUAAACACACUGAGCACCUGAAAAACUUCAGGUCAGAUUUGGAUUUGUAUGGAAAGCAAACGCCUUCUCCAGAGAAUCUCUACUCUCAGAUCCCUGCCUUAUGGGCACAAGCACAGAAAGCUGGGUGUGGCAUUGCCUUACAAAAAUACAGACCAAGAACUGGAUUUCUGCCCUGCCAGGCUGUGGAAAAGCAGAUGCCAGCAGAAAUGAGUUUGUCCAGCAGCUCUGUUCAUGUGAGCCAGCAGAGCAGCAUUACAUGAACGGAGCUGGAGCACAACAGUGGGCAGGUAAAGCCUCACAGGAGAGCCAAAGGUACUUGGCACAGGUGGCCUUCCUGUCCAAGGCAUCUGUUGCGAGGCUAUAUCUUGCACAAGGCAGUAGAACUCCUCUGACGCAUCUGAUAUUGAAGUCUCACUACUUCCAGAACUAAUUCCCAUACAUAGGUGAUGGUGAUUGCUGCCCUCUCUAUCUGCACAGGUUGCUGUUGGAUGUGGUGGGAUUGACCACACUGCAAAGAAAAGCAAUCUCAGCAGAACUCUGAUGUGAAUACAUUAAAAAAUCUUGCAGUUA